CCUGUCGGCUCUAUGGCCUUUUUUUUUUCUAUGCGUCUUUCAGCUCAUGGUUUUGGUUUUUGGGUUCUUGGUUUUGCUGUUUUGGGUUGACUGUUGCUGCUCUCUCAGUGUCAUGUUUGGCCAAAACAAGCACCUAGGUGGUGAAGGAGAACAAUUAACUGCUGAAAAACAAAAUAUUUCCUUGCGUAGUUCAUUGAAAGAUUAAAGGAGAGUAAAUAUUAAUUUGUGAUAUUAAAAAGUGACAGUGUUUCUAAUCUGUUUCUGCUGGAUGUGUAAAUAAGGAGCUGAACAUUAACACGUUAAAGGUUACAGCAUGUCAUUGUUUUGUCCGCAACGUGUUUCCUCUGCAACCAAGUAGCCACAAAAUGGAUAAUUAUCCAAAACGAGUAUUCUUGUGUAUAAUCCUUUUAUUUCACAGCUUCACAGUCUAAGGUUCCAGCUGCUGUCUGCCCCACAGUGCACUGCAUGCCAUGUAAGGGCAUGAAGUAACUCCCAGACAAGAGGAAGUUUUCAGUGUGCAAUCACGGGGGAGUUAAAUGUCAGGGGGUGACUAUCAUGACUAACUGAAGCUAGCUUCAGCUAACUGAAGGAUUUUUCAGUGGUUUGCCUUUAUCAACCACAUGUUAAGAAACCUAACCCUGGACAUGAACCUUAAGUUCCCCCUCCCCCCCUCUAUAACUAAAUCCUCAAAUUUAACCAGCAGUGUUAUUGCAUGUAGCAGCAGUCCUACCCUCCCCUGCCCUGUAGGGUUCAGAGAGAGGUUGUACAGGGUGAGCACAACGUAAUCAACAUCAUGCUUGUAUUGAGUUUCAGCCACCGUGUUUUUCUCAGGAACUCCGUCUGAAUGGGAUUUGACUUAAGGGUAUGUACAUAUACAGGAAACUUCGGAAGAACUGUUAACUUCGGAAUAAAUUGGAUUGAAUGGAAGCAGUGGGGGAAAUCACAACACAGAAUAACUUGUGUGUGACUAAGUGACAGUCAAAUAGAAUGUUUUUUUUUUUUUAAGGGGAGAACUAUGUUGUUUUGGAAAAGAAAUUCAAACUCAGAAUCAUAAUAUUUACAAUAUUAACGGGGUAAUAAUACAAACACAGGAAUAUUUAUCUUUACCACUGCUGAAUAAAAAAGGUCCCCAGAACACUGUUCGAAGCUAGAAAAGGUGUCAGGGUCCGCCACAUAUAAACAAAGUAAAAACAAAUUAUGUUGUGUGUUUAUUUAGGCAGGCUCUUCUCUUCUUCCCAAAAACUACAAAGUGCACCUUUAAGUAUGUCAUGGGUGCCAAUGAGUAAAAUCAAAUGGAGGAGAGGAUGUGCAGUGUCACUGCUGGCUCAUUACUAUCAAACUUUAUUGGAAGUUUAGCGAGGAAGAAAGGUCCCACUUGUUUAUUUAUGUUUCCCACACAGAGCAAUAAUGAAACGCUUCAGGCCCCGCCUCCACUCAAGAAUAUUUAAGUCCACCGUUUCCAGCUGCUUGUCUUUCAUUUGGAAGCUUGGCUCUGCCCCAGCACACACAUUUUUAGGGCAAAACAAGCAACAAACUGCUCGUCCAGACAAGGCUGACCCCUAUCUCACCCUCCCAGGAAGAAGAAUAAGAAGAAGAAAAGAGGAACAGGGAAAAGGGAACAAGAAGAACAAGCCGCAGGAACUUGAGAAGAAGCAGAGCAGCAGCAGAAUUGUGUGUGUUUGGCUAGUGGUUGGUGGAAAAUGAUCCUGUGGGCUGCCUUGGUGAUGUCUCACUGGUGCUUGGGUCUGAGUGGAGCUGCAGGACUGGAGAGGAUAGAGAGAUGUAGCACCAGGUGUUCUCAGGGCCUGCACUGCAAGAACAAGCCAGAUUCUUUGUUUCCUCCUCCGUGUCAGACCCCCGCCGAUGGCCUCGACACGUCCUCCGUGUUCCACAACAUCAGCCUGUCCCCGGUCAUGAGGUGUGAGGGGAAGCAGAAGUGCUCACUGCACCUCAAAAUCAAAACCAAGUUACAACUUCAUGAGUCCGUCCACGGUGUGUCCAUCUGCACCAUGGCCACGGGGAUGAUGGGCAACUGCCGAAUUGUCAGCUUCACAAGAGCGUCGAGAGAAAGGUUGUCUGGACAGCAGGUGGAACUCGAGAAUGAUUGCGCUGACCUUUCUCCAGGCCAACAAGUGAGAGUAACAGUGAAGACGGUGCCAAGCUACUGUGGAAUUACCUGGUCAGCCACCUAUGAAGCUCCAGGAUGCGUUGGGGAAGAUUUGCGAAGACACGUCCCAGAAUGCAUCACUGGCAGGCUGUCAUACGACGUGGACCCACAGAAGAGGGAGCUGAGUGUCCGGGUGUCGGACAUGCUGGAAGAUUACAGCUACUACCUCCGCCUGUGCCGCCGCAAGGAUUUCAUCUGCGCUGGCACAGGCGUAAAUAAACUGAUUAAGAAGGAGGAACCCGUGAAGAGCGUCAUCCUGCCAUACGCCCGGCCUUUGCCCUGCCUCUGCAUCGAGGGAUGGUCAGCAGUGAUGGAUGCCCCCAGAGUGCAGGUCUGCCCCUUUACAGACCGUCUCGAGGAGCUGUGGUCAGAGAUAACCUUCGACCCACUGGCGGGGACGCUAUCGUGGGAGCCCGCCUGUCCGGUCGCAGCUGUGGUCGCGCUGUGUCAGGAGAGAGAGGACGGCGGCUGUGUGGAUCUGCCUCACUCCUCGCGGAAUGUCAGCAGAGAAAAGAUGACAUUUACUGAAGUGGAUCCACACCCCCAACUGUGCAUGAAGUUCACUGCAGCCUCUCAGUCCUGGACCAAGUGCCCCUUUGCAAAUGGACGAUUCCAAGCAUGGGAGAUUGUUGUGACGAGAAAGCAAGACCGUGAAGAUGUGCAGAUGUCGUCCCAGAUCAAUGCAACAUUUGCUGUUGGGCUGUGUGUGAAGUCUGGAGGGUCUGCUGGGUGUCACGUCACGGAAACACAAACUGUUCAUGUGGAAAAAGGCAAAGCUGUCGGAUUAAACCUGGCAGGGGAACUAUGCGGCUCCUGUCUCCAGGUGACGAGGCUCGAUGUGAAAUUUGCUGCCACAGUCAAUCACUGUCUUAAGGGAUGUGAUCCAUCAACUGACCCCGUAAUCUCCAGACAAGCCUCUUGGGACUUGACCUGGGUUGUUGUACCGGCUGGAGUUUUUCUCUCUGGCAUCAUUAUUGUCAUUCUGGUGCUGCACGUCCUGUUAACCGUCUAUCAGAGGAGGAAACAAGAGAGAAAUGGAGACUGUUCUUUGGAAAAGCAAACAGGUCCCUCUUUUGAGUGUGUGGUCCCUGCAUUUCAAUCUCAACCUGUCCUCCACGGAGGGGUCCUCAUACCGGAUGCGCUGCAGUAUGGGAACACAGAGAGGGCCAACUUAAUCUCCAACUGACCAAAGAGACAGCAUUAGAGCAUUCCUUUACAAUUUGCAGUAGGAGACUGUAAAGAUUGUUACACAAACCACAUAAGUUCUCUGUUGAAUGCAGUGUACAAUGUAGGGGCAGAUAUUUCCGAUGUUAUGUAUGUUACCCUAGUGUGUGUGUGCUCGAUAGAGCGCUUGCCAUUUUGUUGCCGGUUGUUGAUAUAUUCUGUGUGGUGUUGUCUCUUUGGGUGAAAGUCUAUGUGAAUUAAGUUAAAAUGUUCAUCCAGCACACAGCUAAACGGUCAUUUCCUGAAUUUAAAAGUCUAUUUUCAAUAAAAAAUGCCAAAUGCGAA